UUUCCCGCCAAGAAUAAAUAGUAGAAGAAGAAGUUGUUCGCCUCCAACUUGUUGCUGCAGUUUUUUCCCACAUUUUGUCGGCGGUCUUUUCGAGCCAUUUAACGCGUUAAGUAGCCCUUGAAAGGAAAGAAGCAAAUAAGUGCCACUCACUGAAAGGUCGACGGGCCUUUAAAUUCAUUUGGUUAACUUUGCUCGUUGACCUGGGAAAGUGUCCGCUAAGGGGGGGAAAAAAAGCUUCGUCCGGGGCUUUUUUCUAUGGAGCAACUUUCUCCCGGCAUUCAUCUUCAAUGUGUGGACAGUCUCCCUUUUUUGAGGUGCAGAAAUUGUCCAGCCUGGUUCUCCCCAGCGAGGUGAUUAUUGCUCAGAGCUCCAUCCCGGGAGAAGGUCUGGGAAUCUUCUCCAAGACCUGGAUCAAGGCCGGCACCGAGAUGGGCCCCUUCACGGGCAAAGUCCUGUCCCCAGAACAUGUUGACCUGCUCAAGAACAACAACCUAAUGUGGGAGGUGUUUAACGAGGACGGCACUGUGAGGUACUUCAUCGAUGCCAGCCAAGAGGACCAACGCAGCUGGAUGACUUACAUCAAGUGCGCCCGUAAUGAGCAGGAGCAGAACCUGGAGGUUGUCCAGAUCGGCAGCAGCAUCUAUUACAAGGCCGUGGAGACGAUUCCCCCGGACCAGGAACUGCUGGUGUGGUACGGAAACACUCAUAACACAUUCCUGGGCAUCCCUGGAGUGCCGGGAACGGACGAAGAGCAGCAGCAACAGCAGCAGCAGAAAAAGAACAGAAAUGAUGACUCCCUGUCUUGUGAGUCCUCGUGCUCGCCUCCUUCUUCCUCCUCCUCCAACGCCGCUGGCCCCCACACUUCGGGUCGCAUGCGCUGCGUCAUAUGCCACCGCGGCUUCAACUCGCGCAGCAACCUGCGUUCCCACAUGCGCAUCCACACGUUGGACAAGCCGUUUGUUUGCCGCUUCUGCAACCGCCGCUUCAGCCAGUCAUCCACGCUGCGUAACCACGUGCGCCUGCACACAGGCGAGCGGCCCUACAAAUGUCACGUAUGCCAGAGCGCCUAUUCCCAGUUGGCAGGGCUACGCGCGCACCAGAAAAGCGCACGCCACAAGCCGGCCGCGACCGCCGCCGCCGAUGCCGCCGUUCGGGCGUCGCCGCCCCCUCCUCCUCUUCCCGUGGCCAGCCAACAGAUGGCGCCCGUAGUACGCCACCAUCACCAUCACGUGCCGCUGGUGCACCACAUUCCCGCCCUGGUGCUCUGACAUGUAAAAACACGACAAUAGCAGCAAAGAUGCACUUUAGCAAAGAGCUCAAGUGGAGAGAAGACUGACACGUGUUCCAUUUAAGUGUAAAAAGACAACAACAACAAAACUCUUGAGAGGACUUGCCUGGCAUGUGACCAAAAAUUUCCACAAAUACAUUCGAGUUCCCAUGAUCAAUACAAUGAUAUCAACUCACAUCAGCUACAAUUUUUCAAACAGAGAGCUAUUUCUUAAGCCAACCAGUUUAUUUUAAACCCUCUGAAAUAUCAAACUUGAUCAAAUUAAUGGGAAAUCCAUCAAUUUUUAUAACUGAUAUCUGUCCCUUCAUCUCAUGAAUGCCCAUCAGAUAACUUGUGGGUAGUUUUGCAUGCAAUAUUCAGUCUAAGAAUUUUUCCAGAUCCAGACAAUUAUUUUUUCGGGGCCAAAAACAUAUGGCUCUGCAGAAAUUUGACCCCCAAAAAUAAUUCCAACCAUUCAUUUCUAAUGGCCAAAAUUUCUCAUUCAUUUUCAAUGACCCCAAAACACUUCCAUUCACACGCCUUGACCUGCAAAAAUCUACAUUGGCACACCCAAAACCAUAUGGUGGUCGUGAUUUUUGACCCAAAACCUUCUGUUAAAGCACAUUGACAUUCAAUUGCCUAAUUUCAACCAUAUCACUUUCCAACAGUUUUUAUCGCCCCUCAGAUGGAAAAUAUGAGAAAAUUCAACCUAAAAAGUUUUAUUUCAAGCCUUUUGGGUAAUUUCUUUCCUUAGUCAAUGUUAUUAAACCCACAAAUAAAUCCCUUUUGAGUUCCAUUUGAGUUAACUGGACACACAAAAUCUAUACCAGGUGUCUUCCAUUGACUGUGGUAGCCACAAAAAUAUCUCCUUGGCGAUCAUAUUUUUUAACCAAAUUUUCCCAUUAACCCCAUUUAAUUCACACUACAACCCAGAAUAAAUUUCUAUAUUUGCAACUUAAUCUUGAACUUCUCGGACCCACAAAAAAUGUAUGUUUUUUUUUGUCUGUGAUUUUGACAACAAAAAUUCCUAAAAAUGCCCUUAAUUCAAUAGGAAGUGACCCUGACCCAGUGACCCGCAGGUGUUUACUGACCAGCACAGCAAAGCUACCCACGCAAGUUCUCCAGAAAUGUAGGAAACAAUUAAAUAAUCGUUCAUUUCUACAAGUCUCUGCAAGUGGUGACUUUGAAAGGUUACCUUGGUUUUCAGCACUCGCGUGGCCACUGCAUCCCGUGAUUGAAGCAUCAUGCCUGUCUUUAUGAGUCUACAUCAUGUGAUUGAGAAUUUCAUUUAUGAAGCACUUUUCUCAGAGGGGACUUGCAGAGUGCUUUACAUAGUUCAAAUAUACGGUAGUUUUACAUUUAUAAAUAGAGUACAAUAAUAAAUGUUAAAAUCCUGAGCUAACUUGACAUAUGACUAAAGACUUUGGGACAAAAAAAAACAUGCAUCCAAUACUCAUGGGCUCAAGUCAUGUGAACCAACAGUGUUUUCACACACACAAAAUAAAAAAAAUAGGUUUACAAGAAAACUUGUAUAAAUGCAAAAGUUCAGUCCACUCUUUUCAAAUUAAAUCGUCACUUUAAACUUGUACAGACUGAGUAAUAUUAAAAAAAAUAAGUAAAUGUAUUGUAUGCUACUGUAUAUGUGAGUGUAAAUACAUUUGUGCU